AAUUUUGAUUAUUGAUCACUGCCUAUGGUUUUAUUUUUUUGUCAUUAGGUGGUUCCAAUAAUCUAUCAUGGGUUGAAAUCGCAAGACUAAAAUGGACAAACUCACUGUUAUUUCGGGGACUUUGUUCUUGUUAGCUGAUGUAUUUGCAAUCGUUAGUUUGGCAAUGCCUGACUGGAUCAUUACUGAUGUAGGAGGCGACACCAGAUUGGGUUUGAUGUGGACGUGUAUGACCCUCUAUAACAGGCCACAAGUAUGUUUUACACCUGAUCUGAGACUUGAAUGGUUAUUGGCCUUAGUCAGUAUUUUUAUUGGGUGUAUAUGUAUAACUACCACCAUAAUUUUGCUGGCUUCUUCACAUUGGGACCGUAAUGUCAUACCAUAUGCACGCUGGGUUGGAUUUACUGCCAUGGUACUAUUUUGUUUUGCUGCUGUUGUGUUUCCCAUGGGUUUUCAUAUACCAGAAAUUGGCGGUCAACCAUAUCAAUUGCCAAACAGUCAUCAAGUUGGCAUUUCAUAUAUUUUAUUUGUUUUGUCACUCUGGGUAACUGUAAUAUCUGAGCUAUUUGCUGGCAAAGUUUGUUUACCUCAUUUUUAAAAGUACUCAUAAGCUACCUAUGAAAUAUUUAUUGUUUGUACUAUCAAUCCUGAAUGAUAUUAAGUUUGGCAGCUAGGAAAUAAGUUGAAUACUAUGGAAAUAAAAUAUUUAUAUCCAUGAGAAGAUUAAAGCUUUUAAAAAAUUAGAACCAAAUCUUAUUGGGAGCUAACACAGAAGUACUAUCAAGAAAUCAUGCCAAAAAUACAAUAAAUUCAUUUUAGAAAAUAAAAAAUAUAUCUUGUGAAUUUUAAAAGCAUGUGUAACUAUUAUAAU